CAUUUCUCUCUCGUUCGUUCAAUACAUUUGGGACUUUUCAUCUCUCUCUCUCUCUCUCUCUCUCUUCCUCAUCUCCCAAUAUUCUUUCAAUGCUUUUGAGAUUUUAGUCUCUUCUGGUUUUUUUCCUCAUCUCUUUCAUUGUUUUUUGCCCCCACUUCCAGACAUCUCUUUCCAUUACUAAUCUCUUACGAUGGUUGUCUCCUCUCAUCAAUCUAUCCUCUAUUGAUUAUCUUCAAUAUUUUUGUCGAACUCAUCACCGUCAGACACUCUUCAUCAUCAACGAACACAAGUAGAAGGCAGAGCAUCAGAUUUGUAACUAUUUUGUAGAGGGAAGAGAAUUAUUUUGAAAUAGAGAAAGAGGGCGAGAAAGAGGUAGGAAACAUGAGAGAAAGAUGGAGUGUUUACUGGUUAACUAUUAGAGUCACCCGGUUCACUCACUUAUAUUCCUCCCUACAAUUCAUUUGAUUUUGGGUUCAUCCAUGGCUUCUAAAAGAACCUUAGAUCAUUCUUCUUGUUUUCCAGCCCCAAAAAAGAGAAAUGUUUCUUCUUGUUUUGUUUCUUCAUCAUCUUCGACACAAACUCGCUGGACCUAUGACGUGUUCUUGAGUUUCAGAGGUGACGAUACCCGCAAAAACUUUACCGAUCAUCUCUACGAGGCCUUGGUUCAAGCUGGAAUUCGCACCUUCAGGGAUGAUGAUGAACUUCCAAGAGGGCGUGAAAUUUCUUCAGAGCUUCUCAAAUCAAUCGAAGGAUCCAGGAUCUCCAUGGUUGUUUUCUCAAAAAACUAUGCUUCUUCAAGAUGGUGCCUGGAUGAGCUCGUGAAGAUCAUUGAAUGCAAGAAAACACUUGGACAAUUACUUCUCCCAAUAUUCUAUGAUGUUGAUCCAUCUGAUAUACGGCACCAAACAGGGCAUUUUGGAGAAGCAUUUGGAAGACACCAAAAGCGUUUUGCGGAUGAGAUGGAGAAGGUGAAGGUGAAGGUGAGGAGGGAUGCCCUCUUUGACGCUGCUAAUUUAUCAGGCUGGGAUUUGCAAAAUGUUGCAAAUGGGCAUGAAGCAAAGCUCAUCCGAAAAAUUGUUAAAGAGGUUCUAUGUGAACUGAAACAUACAUUCCUAAAUGUUGCUGUGCACCCAGUUGGAAUAGAUUCUUGUGUUAUACACAUAAAGUCGUUGUUGAGCAUUGGAUCAGAUGAUGUUCGCAUGAUUGGGAUAUACGGCUUGGGUGGAAUAGGCAAAACGACCAUUGCAAAAGCUGUGUAUAACCAUAUUUUCCUCCAAUUUGAAGGGAGUUGUUUUCUUGCAAAUGUUAGAGAAUUUGCAGGACAACUCAAUGGCCUAGUUCAAUUGCAAGAACAACUUCUCUUUGAAUUAUUAGGAAUAAAGAAUCUAAAGAUUGACAAUGUUGAUAGAGGAAUGAAUUUGAUAAAAGAAAGGCUCUAUUCUAAAAGGGUUCUCAUUGUUCUUGAUGAUUUGGAUCAAUUAAAUCAGUUAAAUUCCUUGGCAGGAAACCGUGAUUGGUUUGGUCCAGGAAGUAGAAUCAUCAUAACAACUAGAGAUGAGCACUUGUUGAAGGGACUGAAAGUUUAUGAAAGAUACAUGGCUAAGAAAUUGAAUCAGAAAGAGUCUCUGCAGCUUUUCAGUUGGUAUGCCUUUGGCAAAACCAAUCCAUUAGAAAAUUAUGCAAAUCUUGCAAAUGGUAUAGUAAGUUAUGCUAGUGGGCUGCCAUUAGCUCUUGAAGUUUUGGGUUCUUAUUUGUUUGGAAGAAACCUGGUAGAAUGGAAAAGUGCAUUUGAUAAGUUACAACAAAUUCCUCAUGAGAAAAUUCAGGAAAAACUUAGGAUAAGUUUUGAUGCACUAGAUGAUAACAUAAAGGAUAUCUUCCUUGAUAUUGCAUGCUUUUUCAUUGAAAUGGAUAGAGACUAUGUCAUUACUAUAUUGAAUGGUUGUGGUUUCUUCGCAGAAAUUGGAAUUAGUGUUUUGAUUAGUAGAUGUUUACUGAGAAUUAGUGAAAACAAUAAGUUGAUGAUGCAUGAUCUAGUUAGGGACAUGGGAAGAGAGAUUAUUCGUGAAAAAUAUCCCAAGGAGCCUGAAAAGCGCAGUAGAUUGUGGCUUCAUGAAGAUGUAUGCUAUGUACUCCAAAGAAACAAGGGAACGGAAGCAGUCGAAGGUGUGAUCCUGAUCCUACCCAUGUUAAAGAAGAUACAAUGGAGUAAUAAAGCAUUUGCUAGGAUGCCUAAGUUAAGACUACUUCAAAUAAAUCAUGUGCAGCUCAGUGGAAAUUUUGAACAUCUAUUUGAAGAGUUAAGGUGGCUUUGUUGGCAUAACUGCCCAUUGGAGUAUUUACCAUCCAAUUUUCAUCCAGAGAAGCUUCAUGUUUUAGACAUGCAAUUCAGCAGAUUUAAAACACUCCGGAUAGAUGGCAAGCACUUCAAGAGCUUGAAAUUUCUAAAUCUCAGUAAUUCCAAAUGCCUAACAAAAAGCCCCAUCUUCUAUGCACUACCGAUGCUCAAGGAAUUAUUGCUUGAAAGUUGUACAGGUUUAAUGGAGCUCCAUGAAUCAAUUGGGCUUCUAGAUAAACUUGUUCACUUGAAUUUGAAAGAUUGCAUGAACCUCAGGUAUCUUCCAGGCAUUAUUUGCAAGUUAAAGUCUGUUAAACAUCUAAAUCUCACUGGUUGUGCAAAACUAGAGGAGUUUCCAGAGCACUUGGGACAUAUGGAAAGCUUAACAGAGCUUCUUGCAGAUGGAACAGCUAUUAAACAACUACCUUUCUCUAUUGGACUACUGAAGAAUCUUAGGAGCUUAUCGUUGAAGGGAUGUAAUAGGCAAUUCACAAUUAAAUCCUGGUUUUCUCUUAUUUCAUCUUGGGUUUUACCGAGAAAAAAUCACGACUCCAUAAGAUUGUUACCAUCCUCUAUUUCAGGUUUGUGUUCCUUAACAAAGCUAGUUCUUUGUGAUCGUAAUCUGUCUGAGGGAAAUUUUCCAGCUAAUAUUUGGAGUUUAUCCUCAUUGCGAACCUUGGAUUUAGACAGAAACAAUUUUCAUAGCCUGCCAUAUGGCGUCAGUCAUCUAUCCAAGCUAGAAAACCUUUCGUUGGAAGACUGCACAAGUCUUCAAUCUAUCUCAAAUCUUCCUCCUAAUUUACUUGUCUUAGAUGUUUGUGGUUGUGCAUCACUUGAAAAAAUAUCUGAUCUAUCAAAAUUGAAGAAUCUAUUCGUGAGGUUGAGUAACUUCGAAUUUGAAGUUGUGCAUAUUCUCUUAAAUCGUAAGAGGGAUGGAAUGGAAGAUGCUCACUGUUUUAAAGGUGCACAAAUCAUUCCCUCUGGCAAGCACAAGCUCAACAAUUUACGACAUCUCCAUCAGCAUCUUCGUGACAGGGAGUUCCCUAGGAAGUUCCUCCAUCGAAUAACAGGGCAUUCUUUGAUAGAAGCGCUAACAACGCCGCGGAUAUAUGACUACAAUUCAAGUUUCAAUGUGGGAGUUGCUUUUUAUAGAGCUGGGGAUGAAGAAAGUUGCUCCAUGGAAUUAGAUGAUUAUCCAUACGCCAUUAUUACUGAUAAAAUUACUAAGAAAAUUCCUAAUAAAAAUGAUGACAUCAGUUUUACUUGUACCCCAACCUUGUUCUUUGUCAUCCCUGAGAGUAGUGGAGAUUAUGUUUGGCGAACCCAUAUAGAAGUUGAAGAAUAUAUUGGGUAUAAAGUUAAAGGUGGUGAGCAAUUCGAGGCUUUUAUCAUGCCUUCACUUUCUGGAGUGGAUCAAUCUGGGAUAAAUAUGUUUGUCCAUCACAACAGAGGCAACACCAUUACCUUCCAUAGAUUGAGUGGUUUAUUGGAGCCUUCAUAUGGAUACGGGAGUGAUUAUCCUUCAUCCUUCUAGAGAUGACGAAGGAUAAUCAAGAGGGUUGUUUUGGGAAGUAGUAGGGGUGUUCAAGAAACCGAUUCACCCGACUCGAAAAAUCACUUAACGGACAGUUUAGUGCAAAUAAACUGUCGGCUGUUAUAAUAACCCUGGUCUGUAAUGUACUAUUAAUUAUUACUUAUUACGUGCUUAAAGUGAACUUCUAUGUUAAUUGUGUGUUUAAUAUGA